AUGUCUCUUGCGGAGCAACUCAAGCGCUUGUCAGUUCCGGCAACCUCUAGUUAUGCGGUGGAAUCUGUACGACGAAAGUCUCUGGUUUACGGAGAUCCAUCGAAAGUAGAUACACUUCUUUGCUUUCACGAAAGUUGCAAGGCAUUUGAAACGUUAUCCAAACGAGAUGACGUGUUUGUGCAGUUUCGGAAGACGCUUUUCGCUGAGACAUCAUGUCAUCUGGAAAUGUGCAAUUUGUUUCCCAAUGAGAAGGCACAGCUCGACUCACAAGUUGCUCGUUUCCUGUGUUACGUCUCCCCCUAUUUAAAACAUUUUGAUGCCUUACAGUCGAUGGAAUGGCUUGUUCACAAGUUUCAAAUCCACCAUUAUUACGUUGAAGAUUAUGUGCGUUGUGUCAUGCCGUAUCAUGAAACUGGGCUGUUUGCAAAAUUCCUACAGCUUAUUGACUUCCAGACAUGUGCGCCGGAAUUUCGGUGGUUGCGACCUUACGCCACUGAACGAUAUGACCAACCUCUUCCUGACAACCGUCACCGCUCUGUGUGAUUCUGGAAUGCCCGAUGCAAAGUUGGCAAACAUAGUUGAUGCGUUCCAACAUGUCAUCCGAACAGGACUUUUAUCCAUGGACUGUCCACCCUUCCAGUCUGCGUCCUGCCUUGUCAUUCUUCGCAUCAGUUUGAAAUUAAAUCUCAACCGUGAAUUGGUUUUUGGAUGGAUUGACUGCCUUUUGAAACGAACACGGCCAGAGAACGCGUGGGAAAUGCUGCGGGUUAUCAACAAACUGAUGCGCGCUCAACACAUUGCCUUACUACCCACGCAUUUAACUGAGAAGCAUUCUACUGUACUAGGAAUGCUUACUUCCGCGGAACGUAAAUUGAUAGAAGACGAAGAGGCCAGUCUACUGAAUCAAUUUGACGCGAAUGCUCUAGCUGCGGAAGCCAUGACUAGCGAAUCGUCUGGUGUACGUUCAAAGACGUUGGUACGUCCCGUCACACCCAUUUACUCUACCCAGUUUGUCCAAUUGGUGUUGUUUUUGUGUACCUCUUUAACUCUCGUGUUCUUCAUUCCUAAACAGUUUAUGGAUGUAGAACUUUCACGUUCAGAAGUUCCCUCCAGGAUAAGUGGUUCGCCUGACGACUCAAGUCUUGUCGAAUAUCACUCUGAGGUCCAAGUGGCCCACGCAUUGCUUGCUUCACUCCCUGGAUCUGGUGGCGUUUGCUUGUUCGGAGACAGUGGAACCUGCGUCUGUCCAAAAUUGUCCGAAGUUCAUUGUGAUCAAAACUGGCUUCGCAAUCUGAUUAUGCUCGUUGUAUCAGAACCUCUCUUGGUUACCGAUUCCUCCAAGCUUCCAAAAAGAAACGUCCAUCGCGCACGCCAGCUACUACAGUUUGUCCGAUUGUCGACAAAAGCGCAUAUCAACGUGUGUAGUACUCCUCCCUCACCACCACACACGCGCGCCUCCAGUCAGAACAAAAGUCCAGGUUCCCAACGUCCUUGUACAUCCAGUGCAUUGUUCUCUAAAUCAGAACGUCUUUUGGAGAGUGGACUAGAUCUUGCUCUCCCGUUGCUCUUCACCUGUCUACUGCAUCCGGCGUCCUCUGUUCGCACUGAUGUUUAUUCCCUGUUGACAUCCUGGUUUUCCAAACUUCAUCGACUUGGUUGGAAUUCACCUGGAGCUCCCAAUUUGAGAAAAGCGUUGAUGCUGCUUGGUACGAACACGUCUGAUAGCUCCACGGGAUCGCCUAAAUGCACGUUGUCUGCAAACGUCUUCGAACUACUUCGUGGUGAUCCCUUGCCCAUGCUCAGCAAAUCUGCUCCCAUCCUCACUCGCCUGACAGUGAACUUGCUCUUUAGUGAACCCUUGCCACGCAUCUCUUCUACGGUUGGGUCGAAGUACGCGUUGGUUUGUUGGGCAGCUGGGCUCAAACUCCUUUCAGAAGAUACUAUUCACGAACUCUUCUCCAUUCGCCCCACGAACUCAGAUAGUCUGGUUGGUUGGUCCGGAUUUCUUCAUCUGCUGCGCACUCCAGAUGAGAACUACGCGGCAUUACAAUCCAUAUGUUUGUCACACCUAAAUAGUGCUUUGUUUGUGGCGAUUUCCGCAAUGACGCGUUCGGACUCACUCUCUGGGAGGCCUUCCCUAGCGUCGUCGCAAACGCCGACUGCUAUUCCAGUAGAAUCACCUCAAACGGAUGUCUUGGACGCUCUAUGCGACCUCGGAUUCACCGAUUCAGCCAAUUUUGCCAUCUUGGGAACUUCACUAAACCGCCUCAACCUCACUGUGGACCAUUUCGACUACCUGCUACUCAAACUGGAUGCUGCUGGGUGCUUGUUUCGCAGGUGUGUCAACAAAUCCCUUUUCACACGAGUUGCUGAGACUCGAGAAGCACGACGGCGACAUGCUAAAGAAUCAAACCUGAUUAAGAACGAACUCAAUUCCAUCGAAACGGUUAAGGAUAUUUUGACACCUGAAAACCCUGACAUUGCGGACGUGAAGCGUUUGCGUCUUCUUGGCAUUAUUACCACGAUCCUUUCAGAAUCAGUCAGCCGCCUUAAACAACCGGUACCCGAAUCCAAAGUGCACAGUAAAGACCCAAUGCUCAAAGUUGUGGCGCAACUGACUCCCGACUCACGUGUGAAAUCCAAGUCUACGUCGUCCCCAGCCGGCAGCGGCAUCUCCUUUGCUCCCGUUCUGCAUCUCCUCACACCGUUGGUUAACCAUUUGAUUGGGCUCCUCAGUCAGGAACAGCGCUUUACCAAACUUCAGACGUAUGCUCCUGAUGUGGUCAGCAGCUCAGACUCCGAUUCAGAUGAUGAAUGCUCUACAUCCCAACCCAGAGUAGCAAACUUCCUUUCUACCUCCGAUGGUCCCAACCGUCCAUUGCUCAUGGAUAUCACUACAGAUGACUCACAACCUGUCAGUGCUCUAGAUGUCCCAUGUGUUCGAACUUUGGUGCGAAGUUGCGUCCAGCGCUUGUUGGCAUGUAUGAUUGCGAUCCUGGCUGAAGGCAAUAGGACCAUUCAAUCGAAUGUUGGAAAACGACUCCGACCCACAGCUGUAUCGAAUAAUCGGUCUGUUUCGAGUGCGUUACUCGCCGCUCAGUCAGCUGUCGGGCCUGUGUUUCAGUGUCUCACAGUUUAUCCGGACUGGACGGCUCUUCAUCAACAAGUCUUAUUAUGUUUCAUUGAGCUAUCUGCCAUGUUUCCAGUUGCUUUGUGUCCACGGCUGAUCGGCAUGAUUCAGUGGAUCGCCGCUAACGAACGGGUUAUGCGCUUGGACAAUGUGCACAGUCUGGCGUUACUUGGACGACUCGUUGUGAUCGCCGUCCCUGCCCUGGUUCGCGCUUCAACUAGUCAAACGAAAGCUGCACUUCAAGUUGUCGUGCUGUUUGUGGAUGGUUUUCCUGGACUAGCCAGCCACCUACCUCGACGGCGACUGGCUUUCUAUACCGGUCUUGUUCGUGGCCUAGCCCAAGUCACCGGCCCACUUGCCCUAGAAUCGCUAGCGUCCCCAUUGCCGAGAAGCAGUUCCAAAGCCGACAAAAGUGAUCGGAAAGCUGAACGUCAGCAACAGCGAACUUUAUUGGAACGAUGCAAGGAAAGCUGGAUAAGCAGCUGGCUUUGGGCUAUUUCAUUGGUAUUUCUCAGUCGAGAUUGGAAAGAGGAAGUAGUUGCUGAUCAAGUAGUCCCACUGUUGGUUGAUAUUCACAACCAAUUCCCCUGGGACAAGCAAGUGGCUGCCUGGUGCGAGUGUCUAGGAUUCCUGUUUUGGCUGACCAAGAAUAGUGAACAGUUGACAGGCGAAAACAAAUGCCCAAUUCGAUUCAAGCGUCAUUUCAUCUUGGAGACACCUUCCAGAAAACUUCAAGUUGUCGAUACUGAGAUCGCACCUCCACCGAAGCGACAGCGAACUGCUUCCCGCAGCGAACUCUCCGAAAUUCCCACUUCCAUUCCACCUGAAGAUAUUUGCUCUUCCAAUGUUAUAUCGGUUCAUGUGGCAGAGGCGCUGGUCUCUACAUUAUUCAAAAGCAAAGUAACAGAUGAGCUGACUCCGGUCAACUCCUCUGUUCCACCACUAAACCCAUCAACCGUAUGGUCUCUGACUGGCCGAGCUGUACAGCUGCUUACAACUCUUUUGACCGAUCCUACGUAUGGAAGCAAACUGGAAGCAGCUUCUGGUGACCCACUCGGACUGAGUGCAGUGUAUGGGCGGCUGGUACAACAGAUUGUCCACCUGAUGAUUGCAGCCGCAUCCAUAAUGGCCAGGCUAAAACCAACGGACGAGAGUUUGUCUGAUUGUACGGUCCUACUAGAGGGAACCAAACGGUCGCUUGCUGGACUUCAGACUGUGUUAAUGCAGUUCAUCUUGGAGACACCUUCCAGAAAACUUCAAGUUGUCGAUACUGAGAUCGCACCUCCACCGAAGCGACAGCGAACUGCUUCCCGCAGCGAACUCUCCGAAAUUCCCACUUCCAUUCCACCUGAAGAUAUUUGCUCUUCCAAUGUUAUAUCGGUUCAUGUGGCAGAGGCGCUGGUCUCUACAUUAUUCAAAAGCAAAGUAACAGAUGAGCUGACUCCGGUCAACUCCUCUGUUCCACCACUAAACCCAUCAACCGUAUGGUCUCUGACUGGCCGAGCUGUACAGCUGCUUACAACUCUUUUGACCGAUCCUACGUAUGGAAGCAAACUGGAAGCAGCUUCUGGUGACCCACUCGGACUGAGUGCAGUGUAUGGGCGGCUGGUACAACAGAUUGUCCACCUGAUGAUUGCAGCCGCAUCCAUAAUGGCCAGGCUAAAACCAACGGACGAGAGUUUGUCUGAUUGUACGGUCCUACUAGAGGGAACCAAACGGUCGCUUGCUGGACUUCAGACUGUGUUAAUGCAGGUCGGUCGUUAUCAUGGUGAAAGCGCCUCUGGUCCUGUGUCUUCUAAGAACCUCAUCCAUGACUCUGUUUCUGGUCACAUAUUCAUCCGCAUGGUAUCCGACUUGUUCGAAUCGUUGAACCAAGGUUUGCGUCGAAAAGCUCUUGACUUGUUAGCGGCGAAGCUAACAAGCUUUACCACCACAUGUGAACCGAUCGCUAUUCUGGAGGAUCCUGCUCUAUGUCCCUCUGCUCCUGGUAAGAAAAAGUGCAAGAAGCAUCGUCAUUUGCAUGCCCAAGUGGAUUUAACGUUAGAAGCUGGUCUCGUUCAAUUAACUGCUCAACUGGCAUCUCAGUAUUCGCAGCCAGAAGCCGUACACUCAAAAACGAAAGAAACAAAGUGUUUCGGUUCCUCGUUCCACAGACAAUGUUUGUCUUGUCUGCGAGACUUGGCCAAACUGCUCGCUCAUCGAUAUCCUGGUGAAUUCAUGAGGACUUUGGACAUUCUUAUUGCCAGUCCUGAAAACUGGUGGCCCGUUCAGCAUAAAGUGAAUGAUACUGACAAUGCGGUGGAGCCUAGAGGAUCAGGUGUUGCAGAGUCGCGGUCACUUAAUUGUCUGUUCUUUGUCGAAUGUCUCCAACGCCUUCCAUCACAGUCCUUAUGCCCCAAUGCCAGUGCCACCACACACCGUUUGGGUGUGCUUCUUCAUUUCGCUUUGGAUCAUUGUCUGACAAGCUGCCGCCUCUCACAAGGUCCUUUGUUGAUAUUGAAUGACUUGAAGGCUUCGAACAGUGCUUCCAACACUUUGCCUCACCUUGUUAUUGGUCUCGUCCAUUCAAGAGAUCAGCAUCUACAAUAUGUCACGGAUAUCGUCAGUUUAUUGCCUAUUUUGCAACGUGUUAUCGCUUCUGCCCUGGCUACUUCGAAUGCAGCUAUCCUACAAGGAUGCUUCAUCUUCUUAGGAGAUUUGGCUGAAUCUGCCAAGCCCUCUUCAACCUCAAACGUGAUUCACUCAACGAAAGCACAACUAACUGAAGAAAUGUUGCACCUCUCUGUAACCCAACCCGAGCUUCUUCGUGACACACUGGCAUCUACACUGCGUGUUGCGACACGUAUCUCACGCACGAAUCAGCCAUCAUUGCAUUCUGCGUUGCAUCGUGCCUUGGCAUCACUUCUAUCAGCAGUGCCAGGUGAAACCCGUCUGCGACUUUGUACGUUACUCAUCCAAUGGGUGACAAACACCAGCAAAAAGUCAUCCUCUGAAGAGGUUUAUGUGUGCAAAGUCCUCAACAGACUUUCACUUCUGUACCACGUUUUCACAGACCUUUCAAAUCGCAUCGCAACUGAAGAAUUCUCGGAGCUUAGCAAACAAAUCAGCCUUGUGGACUACCUUGUUUUAACCUUCCACAUUCUGUCGGGUCACAACCGCAAGAGCUUCCGUAGACUAGGUGAGAAGCUGCAUCUGAAGUCGUGUGUUGGACGUUUAUCCCGUGGAGUUCCCGCUGAGGCGCUCGAAGCUGCACUAUCCGCCGUCGGUUGUUUACGUAGGUGGUUGGUGGUAGAGGUUGAAAACACAAACUCCUUGGAUGUCGGUUCUGGUGGUGUGUCACUGCUGGAACUCCCCUCGGCGUUCAUUGCGUUGUUGGAUAUUACGCGUCUAGAGGAUGCUGAAGAGGUGGUAAAGUCACCAGCCAUCACCGACUCACAGCUUACGCAGACCUUAGAUGCUUUGGUAGACUCCAUUUCUGGUGACGAGGCCCUGUUACGUCCCCUGGGCUCUGCUUUGGCACAUCGCAUCACUCAAGGCGUCCAUUGGUCUGUUCGGCUAUCUGCAAUCCGUCUCCUAAAACGAACGUUUGAUCGUUUGUCCAAUGGCGAUGAAGCAGGGAUGUCCACGGCCCAUUGUCUGGUAUCUGAUGCACUGACCGCUCUUUCUGAAGCACUAGAGGAUGAUCGGCCAGAGGUUGAGACUGCCGCUAACAAACUCUUUGCCGAGCUUGAACAAAGUGGGCUUACCUCUCGGAAUGAGUCUGUUUAAUCUGGUUUGUCUCGCUCCCCUCUAUGCCAAUCUCUCUUUCUGUAUAUUCCCUCUUGGCUUCUGUGAAUAGAUGAAUCCAUGAUCAUGAG